AUGGCGCCGAAAUGGUCAACAUCGCCACUGCCGCAUGUGGCUACGAAAUCGCCAGUGGCGUGCAAGAACCCAGGGGCGCGUCCAGCGGAAGUCGCCGGAAACGGACCAGUGGGUCCUGUGCGGUGCUGGCCAGCGAGCUCCCCAGGGAGGAGGAGGACCGGUGGGUCCUAUGCGGUGCUGGCCAGCGAGCUCCCCAGGGGGGAGGAGGACCGGUGGGUCCUGUGCGGUGCUGGCCAGCGAGCUCCCCAGGGGGGAGGAGGACCGGUGGGUCCUGUGCGGUGCUGGCCAGCGAGCUCACCAGGGGGGAGGAGGCCUGGUGGGUCCUGUGCGGUGCUGGCCAGCGAGCUCCCCAGGGGGGAGGAGGACCGGUGGGUCCUGUGCGGUGCUGGCCAGCGAGCUCACCAGGGGGGAGGAGGCCCGGUGGGUCCUGUGCGGUGCUGGCCAGCGAGCUCCCCAGGGGGGAGGAGGACCGGUGGGUCCUGUGCGGUGCUGGCCAGCGAGCUCACCAGGGGGGAGGAGGCCCGGUGGGUCCUGUGCGGUGCUGGCCAGCGAGCUCCCCAGGGGGGAGGAGGACCGGUGGGUCCUGUGCGGUGCUGGCCAGCGAGCUCCCCAGGGGGGAGGAGGACCGGUGGGUCCUGUGCGCUGCUGGCCAGCGAGUUCCCCAGGGGGGAGGAGGACCGGUGGGUCCUGUGCGCUGCUGGCCAGCGAGCUCCCCAGGGGGGAGGAGGACCGGUGGGUCCUGUGCGGUGCUGGCCAGCGAGCUCACCAGGGGGGAGGAGGCCCGGUGGGUCCUGUGCGGUGCUGGCCAGCGAGCUCCCCAGGGGGGAGGAGGACCGGUGGGUCCUGUGCGGUGCUGGCCAGCGAGCUCCCCAGGGGGGAGGAGGACCGGUGGGUCCUGUGCGCUGCUGGCCAGCGAGUUCCCCAGGGGGGAGGAGGACCGGUGGGUCCUGUGCGCUGCUGGCCAGCGAGCUCCCCAGGGAGGAGGAGGACCGGUGGGUCCCUUUCUGGCUCGUGAGUUAA